UGACUGGUGCGCCUGCGCGGCAGGCGCGCGUUUUGGCCCUGGAGGCGCGCCGUAGACAAGAGGCUGGGCGGAUGUUGUGAGCCGGGGCGCCGCGGCCGAGGCUGGGGCCCCCAGGACCGCUGGCUGCCCACAAGAAAUGAAGGAUGGCAUCUAAGGGGUCCAGCAUGUCUUUCUCCCGCAAGAGCUAUCGGCUGACAUCAGAUGCUGAGAAAUCCAGGGUCACAGGUAUUGUGCAGGAGAAACUACUGAAUGACUACCUGCACCGCAUCUUUUCCUCUCUUGAGCAUGCGCCCACCGCAGCCACCAGCAGGAAACCCCUGAACUUCCAGAACCUGCCAGAGCAUCUGGACCAGCUGUUACAUGUAGACAAUGAGGAUGAGGAGAGCCAGGGACAGGUUGAAGGGCGGCUUGGCCCAUCCACUGUGGUCCUGGACCACACAGGUGGCUUCGAGGGGCUUCUUCUGGUGGAUGAUGACCUCCUAGGGGUGAUUGGACACAGCAACUUUGGUACUAUCCGCUCAACCACGUGUGUGUAUAAAGGGAAAUGGGUCUACGAGGUGCUCAUCUCCUCUCAGGGACUCAUGCAGAUUGGCUGGUGCACUAUCAACUGCCGCUUUAAUCAGGAGGAGGGGGUUGGAGAUACACACAACUCCUAUGCUUAUGAUGGCAACCGGGUACGCAAGUGGAAUGUGACCACAACGAAUUAUGGCAAGGCAUGGGCAGCGGGAGACAUCGUGAGCUGCCUGAUCGACCUGGACGAUGGCACUCUGUCCUUCUGCCUGAAUGGCGUGUCACUGGGCACCGCUUUUGAGAACUUGUCCAGGGGCCUGGGCAUGGCCUACUUCCCAGCCAUCAGCCUUUCCUUUAAGGAGUCUGUGGCCUUCAACUUUGGCAGCCGUCCCUUGCGCUACCCAGUGGCAGGUUACCGGCCCCUGCAGGACCCACCCCGUGCUGACCUGGUGCGGGCGCAGAAGUUGCUGGGCUGCUUCCGGGCAGUGCUCAGCGUGGAGCUGGACCCUGUGGAAGGCCGGCUGGUGGAGAAGGACAGCUCCGAGUGGCAGUUGCAGGGCCAGCCCACCGUCCUCCUCACGCUGGCCCACAUCUUCCAUCGCUUCGCACCGCUCCUGCGCAAGGUAUACCUGGUAGAGGCUGUGCUCAUGAGCUUCCUGCGGGGCGUCGUGGAGGCAGGCACCCCUGCACAGGCCCAGUCCAUGGUGCGUCAGAUCCUCGACCUCCUGUGGCUCUUCAUGGAGGACUACGAGGUACAGGAUUGCCUCAAGCAAUUGAUGAUGUCCCUGCUGCGGCUUUACCGGUUCUCACCCAUCGUCCCAGACCUGAGCCUACAGAUCCACUACCUGCGGCUCACCAUCGCCAUCCUGAGGCAUGAGAAGUCCCGCAAGUUUCUGCUUAGCAAUGUCCUCUUCGACGUGCUCCGGUCUGUUGUCUUCUUUUACAUCAAGAGCCCUCUGCGAGUGGAGGAGGCUGGCCUACAGGAGCUCAUUCCCACUACCUGGUGGCCCCACCGCUCCAGCAGGGAGGGCAAAGACAGUAAGGAUGUAAAGGAUGAGACCGCUGAGGAGCACAGACGGAGGCGUGCCUACGAACGUGGCUGCCAAAGGCUCAAGAAGCGCAUCGAAGUGGUGGAAGAACUACAGGUCCAGAUCCUGAAGCUGCUGCUGAACAAUAAAGAUGAUAAUGGGGGAGAAGCUUCUAGGUACAUCUUCCUGACCAAGUUCCGAAAGUUUCUACAGGAGAAUGCCAGUGGCCGGGGGAAUAUGCCCAUGCUGUGUCCCCCUGAGUACAUGGUCUGCUUCUUGCACCGGCUGAUAUCUGCCCUGCGCUACUACUGGGAUGAAUACAAGGCUUCGAACCCUCGUGCCUCCUUCAGUGAGGAGGCCUACAUACCGCCUCAGGUCUUCUAUAAUGGCAAGGUGGACUACUUUGACCUGCAGCGCCUGGGAGGCCUCCUCUCACACCUUCGGAAGACCCUCAAAGAUGACCUUGCCUCCAAGGCCAACAUCCUGAUCGACCCACUGGAGCUCCAGGCAGCCACCAUGGAUGACCUGGACGAGGACGAGGAGCCAGCCCCAGCUGCGGCCCAGCGCCCCAUGCAGGCUCUGGCCAUGGGGGGCGUACUGCCCCUGCCCCGGCCCAGCUGGCUCAGUUCUCCAACCCUGGGCCGAGCUAACCGCUUCCUCAGCACAGCAGCUGUGAGCCUGAUGACCCCACGGCGGCCUCUGACCACCUCGGAGAAAGUGAAGGUCCGCACGCUGAGCGCAGAACAGAGGACUCGUGAGGACAUUGAGGGCAGUCACUGGAAUGAGGGCCUGCUGCUGGGGCGGCCCCCGGAGGAGCCUGAGCAGCCCCUCACGGAGAACUCCCUGCUGGAAGUCCUGGAUGGCGCCGUCAUGAUGUAUAAUCUCAGCGUUCACCAGCAGCUGGGCAAGGUCUCCCACUGGUGGCCGAUGAGCAUGUCCUGUGGUCCCACACGUUCAGAUGCUUGUAUGGUGGGUGUGUCUGAUGAUGUCAAUGAGUAUGCAGUGGCUCUGAGGGACACAGAGGACAAGCUCCGGCGGUGCCCCAAGCGGAGAAAGGACAUCCUUGCAGAGUUGACCAAGAGUCAGAAGGUUUUCUCAGAAAAGCUGGACCACCUGAGUCGCCGUCUUGCCUGGGUCCAUGCCACUGUCUACUCCCAGGAGAAGAUGCUAGAUAUCUACUGGCUACUACGCGUCUGCCUGCGGACCGUCGAGCAUGGCGACCGCACAGGUUCUCUCUUUGCCUUCAUGCCUGAGUUCUACUUGAGCGUGGCCAUCAACAGCUACAGUGCUCUCAAGAAUUACUUUGGCCCCGUGCACAGCAUGGAGGAGCUCCCAGGCUAUGAAGAGACUCUGACACGCCUGGCUGCCAUCCUUGCCAAACACUUUGCCGAUACACGCAUCGUGGGCACUGACAUCCGUGACUCGCUGAUGCAGGCCCUGGCUAGCUACGUGUGCUACCCACACUCUCUGCGGGCUGUGGAGCGGAUCCCAGAGGAGCAGCGUAUUGCCAUGGUAAGGAGCCUCCUGGCUCCCUAUGAGCAGCGGCCCUGGGCCCAGACCAACUGGAUCCUGGUGCGACUCUGGAGGGGCUGUGGCUUUGGGUACCGCUAUACACGGCUGCCGCACCUGCUGAAAACCAAGCCAGAGGACGCCAACUUGCCUAGCCUCCAGAAGCCCUGCCCCUCCACCCUGCUUCAGCAGCACAUGGCAGACCUACUGCGGGAGGGUCCUGAUGUGGCACCCAGCUUCCUCAACAGCGUCCUCAACCAGCUCAACUGGGCCUUCUCUGAGUUCAUCGGCAUGAUCCAGGAGAUCCAACAGGCUGCCGAGCGCCUAGAGCGGAACUUUGUGGACAGCCGGCAGCUCAAGGUGUGUGCCACCUGCUUUGACCUCUCGGUCAGCCUGCUGCGUGUCUUGGAGAUGACCAUCACGCUGGUGCCUGAGAUAUUCCUGGACUGGGCCCGGCCUACCUCUGAGAUGCUGCUGCGGCGUCUCGCACAGCUGCUGAACCAGGUGCUGAACCGGGUGACGGCCGAGAGGAACCUGUUUGAUCGCGUGGUCACCCUGCGGCUGCCUGGCCUGGAGAGCGUGGACCACUAUCCCAUUCUGGUGGCUGUGACAGGCAUCCUGGUGCGGCUCCUGGUGCAUGGCCCGGCGUCGGGGACAGAAAGAGCCACGUCAGUGCUCCUGGCUGAUCCCUGCUUCCAGCUCCGCUCUAUAUGCUAUCUCCUGGGGCAGCCAGAGCCUCCUGCCCCUGGCACUGUCCUGCCUGCUCCUGACCGGAAGCGCUUCUCCCUACAGAGCUACACAGAUUACAUCAGCGUUGAGGAGCUGGCCCAGGUGGAACAGAUGCUGGCACACCUGACUUCUGCGUCGGCCCAGGCAGCAGCUGCCUCCCUGCCCACCAGCGAGGAGGAUCUCUGCCCCAUCUGCUAUGCUCACCCCAUUUCUGCCGUGUUCCAGCCCUGUGGCCACAAGUCCUGCAAAGCCUGCAUCAACCAGCAUCUGAUGAACAACAAGGAUUGCUUCUUCUGCAAAGCCACCAUCGUGUCUGUAGAGGACUGGGAGAAGGCAGCCAGUACCAGUACCACUUCCUCGGCAGCCUAGCCCACACAGCAGCAGCCUCCACCCUUGAAUUCAGACCCAGGCUGGGCCCUAUUUAUGAGCUCCUCUUGCCCUAUUCCCCAUGUCCUCCCCCAUCCCCGCCAUGUCCAACCUCCUUGUCUGAGUGUAACCUCAUUGGCGGGAACCCAGCCGUGUCCUAAUUGUGCCUGAGCUUGACUUUCAGUCAGGGCCACAGUGAACAUUAAAUUAUUAUUCCAUACA